AUGCAGGAGGUAGCGGCUACGAACAACGAUACGGUGCAGCCACCCGAUGGGACGGAGGAGAUUUAUGGGCUGCCGACCGUGUUUGGGUAUCUCUGCCACUUUGAACGCUGUGACUUCCGCACGACAAGUACGGACCGGAUCCGACAACACUACAAUCAGCGGCACCAGUGGCAGGUUUCCCGCCAGGGCGCGAUGCCAUAG